AACACAUUGACUGCUGUCGCAGCCCAGAGCUGCUCGCUUUUCUUAUCGGCAAUGGCCAACCCUUCCCUUGGCAAGGUCAAUGGCCACCCUGACGCCGGACUCCGCCCAACCAACACCGUCUCUACCGUCUUCAACGCCAGCUCCGUCGCCGAGAUCAAGGCCACGCUGUCUCACCUACAUGAGCGAGAAGCUUCUGUGACUGCCCGCCUAGAUGCUCUUGUAGCUUCUCAGAAGGACUUCUCGCGCGAACUUGGACGCUUAGAUCUGCUUCGUGCAAACCUGGGCUCACAAACUAGUACCACGCGUGCCAUCAGCCAUGGCAUGCUCGCCGAUGCGGCCACUACCGCCGAUCGGAUUUCCAGCGCAGUUCGUCGUCUAGACCGCGAACAAUCUCGUGUGAAGGCUACCCUCGCUGUGGUAGACCAGGUUGCUGAGCUAAAGGCAUGUGUACUGGGAGUGGCUGGCUCGAUGGGGGCCCCGCAGGAUUGGGAGACUGCGGCGAGCUACCUGCACCGCGCAGCCAAGAUCCCCCCGGAGGUGGUCCAUGGGGCCUUCGCGGCGGAGAUGGUGCCCACCGCGGAGGUGCCUGACCCGCCUCAUGUCACCCUCGACAACGCCGCCGAGUCACUUUGCGGUCUCUUCCUGCGCGAAUUCGACAAGGCCGUCCAGGAGAACAAUGGUGCCCGCAUCACUCGCUUUUUCAAGCUCUUUCCUCUGAUUGGCCGCUCCGAGGUAGGUCUCGACGUCUACGGCCGCUACGUCUGUCAGGGUGUUGCCGCUCGCGCUCGAUCCAAUCUUAAUGCCUCCGGCGGCCAGGCCAAAGACGGCUUCUUCUAUGCCAGCGCACUCACCAAGCUGUUCGAACAUAUCGCCCAGAUUAUUGACGGCCACGGCAGCCUCGUCGAGCGUCAUUACGGCCCGCGCAAGAUGAACCGCGUCAUUGAGCGCCUCCAGCUUGAGGCUGAUGUUCAGGGUGGCAUCAUCCUUGACACGUGGAGCGAUGAGCGCCACGUAGAUCGCAAGCUGACCGAUAUCAAAUCGUAUGCCUUUACUUUCCUCGUGCAGAGCUUCUUGCCGCCCCAGCGCGGCGGUGGCACGCCUCGAUCCCUUUCACCUGCCACCCGCGACGGAGCCGCCGAGGAUGAGGGCGUCGACAUGAAGGAGAUCGACGGGCUCCUCAACGAGAUGGCCGUUAUGCUAGGACGCUGGUCGUUAUACUGCCGCUUCCUAGCAGACACCUGUAAUCCUCCGGGUGAGAAUGAUUCCACCAACCAGUUCGCCCUUCCCGAGUUUCUUCGCGAAUCCUCCCUUGCUAGAAAGAUCAAUGAACGUCUUGCCGCUCCUUUCAACACUAUGACGACUUUCUUCUUCCGUCGAUCCGUAGAAAAAGCCUUUCAGCUCGACGAGCAACCAUCCGGCCUGACUCUCAACCCGCAUAAGCCGCUGAAGGCCGACCCACCACACAUUACCUCCGCUGUUGACGACAUCAUGUACAUUGUCAACAAAGUCCUACAGCAGUCCCUUGCAACCUCGCAGAUUGGCGUCGUCACCAACGUCGUCCCGACGGUUUCGCGCGUCCUCGGCUCUGACUUCAUCGGCAUGACCCAGCGGAAGAUGCGUGACGAAUGCUAUCCGCGCGCCGCGGUCCAAGGCGCCCAGCCUCCGGAAUCGCUCACCAUCUCCUUCCUCGUGCUCAUCAACAACCUCGACGUCGCAAUCGACUACAUCCGGCGCAUCCUUCACAAACAUACGGAACAGAAGAUUGCCAGCCAAUCCGAACCUUCGUCCACCACCACCACCACCACCACCACCACCACCACCACCACCGACCCCAUCCAGGCCCUGUUCCCCAGCCCCACAGAAACCCAACUGGCAUCUCAAACCCUACACUCCCUCGCCAGCACCUUCGAGUCCAAGGUCACCGACCUCCUUAACGAUGGCAUCCAAGUCAUCUUCAACAACGUCAUCAAACACCGCCUCCGGCCCAUCCUGUCGGACGCCUUCCGCGAGAUCGAAUACCAGCCCCGGGACGACAACGACCCCAUCCGUACGGUCUACAACGCCCCGGCGAUCCCCAGCAUGAACGAGUAUUACGACUCGGACGACCCGAUCAUCGGCGCCCCCGACGCGGCGGCCGCCGACGGGGAAGCCGACCCGGGCGCGGAGCUGGUGCGCCCGCGCUUCGCGACCGCGUGGAACGAGUUGCUCCUCCCCAUCAGUCGCAUCCUCACCGCCUCGGCCUUCGACCGCCUCCUGACCGUCACGGUGGCGUAUCUGGCGCGGCUCCUGGAGAAGAGACUCUGGAGCUACCACGGCCGGGUCAACGCGCUCGGGGCGACGCGGCUCGAGCGCGACGUCUCCGGCGUGGUCGGCGCAGCGGUGGACGUCGGCGGCUCGCAGGGCCGGUAUCGGCACCGUGACGCGUUCGUGCGCUGUCUGCAGAUGGUGCUGGUGAUGGGCAUGGACGAGGACGAGUGGGAGGAUGUGAUGCGCGGCGGGGAGACGGCGGAAGUCGUCGAGAAGCUGAGUCGGGAGGAGAGGAUGAGGGUUCGGGCCAUGGUGCGACGAGCUUAAGACCCCCUUGCAUUCCGAUCCAGUCUUAGAGGCAGUGUACUCAGUCAGAGUGACUAGCUAAACGUACAUGAGAGGGAAGGGAACCGUCCACCCCAUUUUGCCCCGUCAAGAGGCUUGCAUGUAGGUGAUAUGAAUGUACAGUAACAUAUAUACAGAGGGUGCACAUUAGCGAUGAGUGAAAUUAGUCGUAUGUACUUAUAAACUGCAUGUUGUAUCAAAUUCCGAGGGUUCGUGUCAAGGCUAUUGGGCGAGGAACGAUCAAUGCCCGCUAAUCAAAGAAGAUUAUUUGCUUCC